CGAAGUCCCGUCGCCAACCGCAAGCGAGCCAUUGCUAAACUCUGACCGGCACCAGCGUGCGCUCACACCGCCAGCCAUGAGCAUCACCGACUUCUUCUCGUCUUUACUGCCCACCGUGCACGCCGACGCGGACCCCGAGCCCGCUGAGGAGGAGCCCAAAGAGGAAGAGGCCCAGGAGGAGCCCGCUGAGGAGGAGGAAGAGGAGGAGGAGCCUGAGGAUUCUCACCCGGUCAUCCGUGAGGAGUGCAAGGAGCAGAAGUGUGCGGCGCUGGCGAAGCACUUUGAGCACUGCCAGGAGAAAGUGCAGGCAGGCGAGGGCUUCCACGGCGAGGACUGCGUUGAGGAACUCUUCCACAUGAUGCACUGCAUAGACGACUGCGCAGCGCCCAAGCUCUUCUCCCAGCUCAAGUAAAUGCUACACUAACGUGGCAUCUGCGCGCUGCUUUACCCUGUCGCCAAAAGCAUAGACUAGUUUUGCAAUGGGAUCACAUUCUUCACUGGACAUAUCCCUUUCGUCGUGUGCUCGCGCGUUGCGUCAUGCGAACGCACCGUCAUGAAAUUGUCAAACGUCAAUGUGCUUGUGUCUCUCCGUCCUCAUCGUGUUCAAGCCUUCAACCAUGGGUGA